AUGGUUGUCGCAAACGAGCUUGCAGCGUGGCACGUCCUACAACGACACUAUGAUUCAGAAGCAAAACAAUACAUAAUGAGGGAACUUUUCCUCAAAGAUCCCACUCGUUUCGAAACCUUUUCCCGUCAGUUCAAGGGUUCGCUCACCGACGCCGACAUACUGCUCGACUUUUCAAAGAAUGUUAUCACUCAAGACACGUUUGCUACAUUGAUUCAAUUAGCAAAGGAAGCAGAUGUGGAAGGAUUUCGAGACAAAUUGUUCUCUGGUGAGCACAUAAACUUUACCGAGGACCGUGCCGUCUUGCACGUGGCAUUGCGGAAUGUUUCAAACACUCCUAUUUACGAUAAUGGAAAGGAUGUAAUGCCCGAAGUCAACGAAGUUCUUGAUCAAAUAAAAAACGCGGCAAAUGCUAUUGGAAGCGGCUCAUGGACGGGAUACACAGGAAAGCCAAUUACAGAUAUCGUUAACAUUGGAAUCGGUGGAUCCGAUCUUGGUCCGGUAAUGGUAACUGAAGCAUUGAAGCCAUACGCUAGACCCAACAUAAAUGCACACUUUGUGUCAAACAUCGACGGUACUCAUUUGGCUGAAACCUUGAAGAAAGUAGACCCGGAAACAACACUCUUCAUUAUUGCCUCCAAGACCUUUACCACUCAAGAAACUAUUACGAAUGCAGCAUCGGCAAAGGCGUGGUUCCUCGAGACUGCAAAAAAUGAAUCACACGUAGCUAAGCACUUCGUAGCGAUAUCCACCAAUACCGAAGCUGUAACCAAGUUUGGUAUUGAUCCGGCGAAUAUGUUCAGAUUCUGGGAUUGGGUAGGAGGAAGAUAUUCGUUGUGGAGCGCGAUCGGGUUGUCGAUUGCUAUUUAUAUAGGUUUCGACAAUUUCCAUCAGUUGCUGAGUGGAGCACAUGAUAUGGAUAACCAUUUCCGUAACGCACCGUUGGAACAGAAUUUACCUGUUAUUUUGGCAGUGUUGGGAAUUUGGUAUAAUAAUUUCUUUGGAGCAUCGACACAUGCGAUUUUACCGUAUGAUCAAUAUCUGCAUAGGUUCCCGGCUUACUUUCAGCAGGGUGAUAUGGAGUCUAACGGUAAAUACGUGACUCGUGAAGGUACAGCGGUAACAUACCAAACGGGACCUAUCAUCUGGGGCGAACCGGGUACCAACGGCCAACAUGCCUUUUAUCAACUUCUCCAUCAAGGCACGAAAAUUGUUCCAGCAGAUUUUAUUGCACCGAUUCAGACACACAAUCCUAUUGCUAAUGGCAAACAUCAUGAAAUCCUUUUGUCCAACUUCUUUGCUCAAACUGAAGCGUUGAUGCUUGGAAAGUCCAAAGACGAAGUUUUAUCCGAGUUGGGAGAUAUUUCCGGUAAAGAACAUAUAGUUCCUCACAAGAUAUUCUUGGGAAAUAGGCCCACGAACAGCAUAUUGGUUCAGAAAAUUACGCCUGGCACACUGGGUGCCUUGAUCGCCAUGUAUGAGCAUAAAAUAUUCGUUCAAGGAGUUAUUUGGAAUAUUAACUCGUUCGAUCAAUGGGGUGUUGAACUUGGAAAAGUACUAGCCAAGAAGAUCCUGCCAGAACUGCAGAACCAAGAUGUUACAACUGUGUCGUCUCAUGAUGCCAGUACAAAUGGUUUGAUUAACUAUUACAAGGCUAAGAGAAACUAG